GAGGGCGGUGACACUUUCUUUUCAUUUCCCUUUUUCUUUGAGAUAGUGGGAAGUGUGGAAGUUUGCGGGAGGUAGAACCCGACCCAGCUGCUUGGGGAGCGGGAAGGUGGGGCUCGAGGUCACGUGCAUGUGGCCGGCGUCCACUCCCGGCGCCCUGGUCCUGCGGCCCAAACCAAACUGGCUUGUGUCUGUGAGGCGCGGCCUCGGUUAAGUGCUCCCAGUGGGCUCUGGACUGCUCGGGCCCUCGUGGCUAAGGAGCAGGCGAUGGGGGCGGGGCUGCGCUGGGGGGUAACCCCCCCUUCAAUCUCCAGUGCAAGCCUCGCGGUUGCAGAGCCGGAUGGGAUAGUCAGGUUACUUUAUUUUCAUCGAUCCUGGACCAUUCAGGGUUAAUUGGAAUUGAUAAUCCAGUUUCCAAAUGCAACAGGAGCCCAGAGAAUGUGGAGAGGAGACCCCUUCCCUUUUGUGGGGUUUGGAUCCUGUGUUUUUAGCAUUUGCAAGAUUGUAUAUAAAAGAUAUACUGAACAUCAAAGAGUCCCAGCAAGCUCCAGGUUUAUUUUUUUACAAUGGGCACCCAAUAAGACAAGUGGAUAUUUUGGGGACAGUGGUUGGAGUGAGAGAGAGAGAGUCAUUUUACAGCUAUGGAGUGGAUGACAGUACAGGAGUUAUAAACUGCAUCUGCUGGAAAAGCUCACAAGGUACCAAGUCAUCUACAGUUUGCUCCAGUAUGGCUGGUGGGCAGAAUUUAACCUCACUGUUUAGGAAACUACAAGAAAGCAUAGAUAAGAAAACUAAAUUGGAAAUCGGGGAUGUUGUUCGAAUGAGAGGAUAUGUUCGUGUUUACAGAGAGCAACGAGAGAUCCAUGCUUCCCUGUAUUAUAAAGUAGAUGAUCCAGUGUGGAAUGUUCAAAUUGCAAGAAUGUUGGAGCUCCCAGAUAUCUACAGAAAAGUUUAUGACCAACCCUUCUCAAAUGUUAAAGUAGCAAAAGAAGAGUCAGUAAACAAUCCAGGUACUCUGGACCUUUUUAGUCAAACAAGUUUGCUGAGUGAAAAAAUCCAAGACUUCCUUGUUGAAAACAAAGUGCAUACCUUUUACCAACAAGAGCUAGAAGCUGUGGAGUCUUUGAUGGUUCCAGCCAAUCAGCCUAUUGUUGACAGGUCCUGCUCUGAACAGGUGAAUUUAGAAAGUCGUCCAACUUCCAAAGCAAUUCACAACAUAUUUAAGGAAGCUAUACAACUACUACGGAAAAAGGGAAUCGUCUUCCAGAAAACGGGUGACUUUACUGAUCUAUACUAUGUGACAAGUCAAGAUAAGGAACUGCACAAAAAAAUCCUCGGUAUCAUUCAAAAUGAUUGCCAGAAACCAAGGCAUUCUGAGAAGGGUUGCCAUUUCCUUCACAUCUUGACCUGUGCUCGCCUGCAUCACGACCCCAACAUGAGUGAGGCGAUGCUGCAGAAGGUUUUGGAUCUCCUGGAAGACAAGAGUGAAAUAGUCAGCACAAUGGAAAGAUACUACACAGCGUUCUGAGAGAAAGGAAUUAAUUCUGAGGCAAGAUAGCCUCUUAGACCAGAGGACAGGGACAAGAGUUGUACCCAUCAAGAAAUCUGCUUUUGAAACAAGUCAUCUCAGGGACGUAGGAGAUGGAAUUCUUUUAUCACAUUUUAAAAUAUUUAAAUGGCUCCAACUUUGGUAGAAAGUCACUUUGCACUGGAAUAUGAAAGUAAUUAUUGUUGAAAAUAUAGUUUGAUCUGUGUCAUUUAGUGACCUCUAGUUUGUAGUGGGGAGAAGGGAGAUAGCUUGGAAUUUAAAAUGUAACAUAAAAAUUAAAACUAUUUUUUUUAAAGAAUACUGUUUGAUCUUGAUUGUUGUGAAUACACAAACCCUUCAACAAUCUAUCCUGACUUUAUAAAUGUCCAUAUGAUUCAGUGUGUUUCAAUCAUCACCAACUAGAGUAUUAAAAUAAAAUUGGUGGAUUGCUAAGGAUGACCCUGAAUUAAUGUCCCUUUGCCUUGUUUAACUAGGGACAUUCCCAGCUAAUGUCUUUAUAGUAUAAUCAGUUCAUUCAGGAACUUAAAAAAUAAAGCAGCAAACUGCACAGCUAUUGACUUUAGCAUAUAAUUCACAAAAUAUCCCAAGUUCGCAAGAAUGGGCUGUUUCUCACACAAGACACUGUCUUUCCAACGUUUUACAUUUUUAUUGGCUGUCCCCAUUUUGCUUCUGCUUCUUGGCUUCAAACUGAAAAAAAAAAGUCUUUUGCAAGAAUAUCCCAGUUUUAUUUCUCUAGUUCUUCUCUUUGCUGAUUAUCAGUUUAUUUUGUGUGUAUCAUUUGUGCAUAGUUCCUUAUACAUUGGUCUCCCCCCAUUAAACUGUAAGCUUCUUGAGAGAAGGAAUCAUCUCUUACCUUUCUUUGUAUCCCCAGCACUUAGCUUAAAUAUCUGGCUUGUUUGAUGACUGACUGACUCUUAACUAUAAAAGAAUUGCUUGUCUAACCUACUGUCCUAGACUAGUCUUCCAGCUACUGACUCAAGAUCUCCAAUCUCCAAGGAUGUCCUACCCUUUUCUUCCUGAGACAGCCCAUUCUAGCUUUGGAUAGCUCUAAUUAUUUGGGUUUGUGUUUUUUUUUUUCUGUUACUAAGUUUAAAUUCGCUUCUGUGAUUUCUACUAAUUGCUCAUACUCCUGCUUUGUGGGUCCAAGCAGAAAAAAAGGUACUUCCUCUCCUCAAAGAGAGCUUCACAUACUUGCUGACUCUUAUCAUGUACCCCUGAGUUGAGUUUUCUCCAGGCUAUAAAUAACCUUAUUCUCUUAGUUAGUCCUCCUAAGUGGCAGGGACUCAAAAAGUCCUUCACAAUUUUGCUUACCUUCAACUGGGCCACUCUGUAGCUGAUCACUCAGAAGGAAAAGACAUGGAUUCUACUCCUGGAAUGGAUGACACUUGAAAUAUGUGCUCAAGAAUCCAUUCUGGAAGAAAAGUGCAGUUUAGGUAAGAGUCAUUGCAACACAGUGUCUUGGCUACUCAAUUAUCAAUUAUCAAAGCCAAAGUUAAUAUAUUUUAAGACCUGUCAGUUUUCAAGACACCAGACAAAGUUCUCAAUAUGUUCUCAGACAGGUGGAGUCAUGCAUUGUCAUGGGGGGAAUAAAAAAAAAUCCAAAGUAUGUACCAACUUGUCCUAAUGAGGAGUCAAGAGAUCCAUGUAUCAGUCUGGGGGAAAAAAUAGGAGAAAGAAUUGGUGUUAAUUUCAAUUACUUCAAAAAAGGCACCAUUGUAUUUGUCUCAUGUCUUGUAGCCUUUCAGUUUUGAUCUAAUAAACUCAGGUGUCUCUGCUAAAAAUUACAUUUGUCUAGAAUUAUGCAUCUUCUCCAAGUUAAAGCUGAAUGAUUUUCAUUUUCAGAAUUAGAGCAGAGGAAGGAAACAAAAAACAAAACAAAAAAAAAAAAAAAACAGCCUUUUAGAUGCACUUAAGUGUGUACAUGCUGAAAGUUAGUACCAGAGCUUUCUACUAUCAACAUUAACUUGUCUCUGUCCAAUGCAUAAUUAAGCAGUUAUCCAAACAGAGCCAUUGCUAGCAAUUUUUGCACCUGGGCCAUUUGGCAUAAAACAAGUUGGAAAAUGGAGUAUAGUUUUCAAAACACCAGAAACUUUAACAUGCUCAAAACAGGUAGAAUCUUGCAUUACUCAGAAUAAAUGUGAAAAGGGAGGAAAAUCUGAAUGAUGCAGCAACUUGCCUUAAAUGGUGAGGGAUAAAUAGCAUUAAUUUGAGACCUGAAAAAUGACUAUAUACCUCAGGCCAUUUAACAGUGUUGGUGGAGUAGAAAGACUUAGCAGUAUCCUAUCUUAACUAUUUUUGAGCUUGGGUUUUUACAUACUGAAAAACUGCAGGUAGCCAGCAUCUCAAAUUUCUAUACCCAGUGACAGAGCUCCUGUCAUCUUAUUCUUGUUAUAGUUCUAAUUCAAAUUGUAGAAGUAAUUCUGAAGUUAGAAAGAGGACCUGUAGAAUUGGUUCUUAAGUGUUUGGAAUAGUUUCGAAAUAAUAUGGUCAAAAGGGGAAUUAUAUGUUCUUAAGUAUUUCCUCUCAAUUCUGACAUUUUCUGGGGGGGAACCCCAUGUUAAUAAAAAGAUUAUAUCAUAAAAGGAUUGAGAAACAAAUGUCUAUCUUGCCCUUAGUAGGAAAGCCCUGAGAUGAGGCACUAUAGGGAAGAUUCCCUUAUGACCACUGGCUUUCAGCUUUUUAAUAGUAAGAAUUUAUGUAACACCAGAAG